AUGCGCCCCGGAACUCUUUCUCUCCUCGCGGCCUGCGCCCUUGGAGUGGUCGCUUCACAGGAAUCCGACAACAGUGCUGUGGAACAACCAGAAGUCACCAAUGUCGAACGCCCGCGCUUCUACUUCCCUCGCGAGGUGAAGCGUAACAUCAAGAAUGGCACCCACAAGGCCGCCGAGACCCAGGACUCGAACGAUGGAGGAAUCUUGGCCGGUGUCGACCAGCUCAUCUCCAAGGUGGCUAAUGGUGGCUCCGACACCACCACUGCCGAGACUGCGACCCCCACCCAGUCUGGCAAGGAGAUCGUUGUCGUGAUCACUGAGAACCCCGAUGGAACCCGUGUCACCAGCACCAUCACCCGUGAUGUUGCCGCUCCGACAACCACCACUUCGUCCACCGUGACCACCAAGAGCGAGACUCCUGUUGCUAACACCAAUAACAGCAACAAGGCUUCCGAUACCAACACAGACUCCACCGCUAGCAAAGAUUCGGCCACAGCCGCCAGCGCCAACACCGACUCUGCCACUGCUGCCAAGUCCGCCUCGGCGAGUGCUACCACUUCCAGCUCCGGCGGCCUUGGAGAUAUCGUUUCUGGCGCCCUUGGCGGUGUUAACUCUGUUGUUAGCGGGGUCGGCUCUGGAGUGAACUCUGUUGUUAGCGGAGUUGACUCCGUUGUUGAUGGUGCUACUGGUUCCACCAAGACCUCUUCUUCCGCAGCUGCUGGUACUGGUGCUGCUACUAAUGGCACUGCUUCAUCCCUCAAGAGUGCCGAUGGAAAAUCGACCGGUACGAAGGGCACCGACUCUGCUACCACCACCACUGGCUCCGAGAACUGGAUUCAGAGCUGGAUUGAUGGCCUUGGCGGUACUACUUCCUCCCCCACCACUCUCCCCGCCAGCGUCCCUGCCUCCGCCACUGCCUCCCCAAGUGCUUCCCCUACGGACUCUGCCACUUCCGGUGGUGAUUUCCUCGGGUCCAUUGUGAGCCCUGUCGCCUCUGGCAUCACCGGCCUCCUCAAUGGUGGUGGCAAUGGAACCAAUUCUACCGACAGCCUUACCAGUGGCCUUCCCGCCAUUCCCACCCCCUCCGGUGGUCUCAUCCCUCACCCUCCCUCUGCUGUUCCCAGCGGUAGUGUGAUUCCCACUGGCACUGGUGGCACCGGCACCGGCAUCAACACUCCUGGUGUGUCCAACUCGAUGGGCCCUGUUCCCACUCCUCACCAGCCUGCCACCGGCACUGGCUCCGAAUCCGGAAAGGCUACUGGCUCCGUUUCAGGUGUUCCUACUCCCACUGGCGGCGCCCAGGAGACCAGCUCUGUCGUGCCUACUUCCACCGCCACUCCCACGCCUGUCACUGAGACCACCCCUACCGAGACUGUUCAGCCCAAGCCCAAGCCCACCGAGACACCAACUGAGUCUGAGACAAGCAACUGGAUGCCGUCGACCAUUCUUGUUCAGCCUACCGUUGUUCCCUCUGAGACCAACACCCACACCGGUACCAACACUCAGCAGACCAGCGGCCCGACUUCGCUCCCUGGCUCAAUCACUCCGUCCAAUGCUGGCUCUGAGGCUCCUGCCGAUGGAAUUCUGCUCCAGCUUGGAUUCGACAGCCACCUGCCCUGGUCUUUCGUUGCCACCACCCCGCUCUCUUCGUCUCAGAUCUUCGAGUACAUUCCCCAGGCUGUGAAGGGCGCUCUUUCCGGUGCCGAUGACAUGUCCAUGUUCGCCCUGGAGCCUUACUACUCCUGGAAGACCACUGGCUACAACGCCACCCUCGCCAUCUUUUACUUCCCCCGCGACAAGAUUGAUGCCCUGAAGAGCCUGAAGCUCAACCCCAACUCUGCUCUGUACCAACAGCAGAACGAGGCCGCCAAGACAAUCAUGAGCAUGAUUGACCCGUCCAUCCCCAUCGAGUUCAACGGUAACUUCCCCACUGGCGAUUCGGAUUCGACUUCCGACUUCAACGGCAGCGACAACAACAACGGCAACAACAAUGGCGACAACGGCGACAACAACGGUGAUGCUGGCUCCUCCGGCAGCUCUAAGGCCAAGGCCAGCUCCGUCGGCAUUGGUGUCGGUGUCUGCGCUGGUGCCGCCGCCUACGGUGCCGGUAUGUUCUGGGUUGCCCGUCGUUACCGCAAGAGAAAGCAGCUGCACCAGCGUUCCAGCUCCACUGCCGAGCAGAUGAGCCAGGGCUCCGGCGCUGGCUCUCUGUUUGCUGCUGGUGCCCGUAUGUCUGGUAGCCAGCGCACCGGCCGCUCCCAGAUGAUCAGUGCUCCCGUCAUGGCCGAGAACUCGCUGGGCUGGAACUAG